AUGGUGUUCUCCGUGAUCACUGCCGUUCCAAUCAUAACAAUUAUUGGAAUGACACAGUUUUUUCACAUUGAAAAGAAACCAUUUUUACCUUGGGAAAUAAACACAAUCAAUACUUUGGUUGUUGGUGUUUACUCCCCGAUACUAGAAAAUAGUCAUGCAACCAUUACUGUUCUUUUCGGAAUGGUUCAGAGUGGUUUCAUCUGUAAUAUUAUGAAUAUUUUGCACGUUCAGGCUGAAUGGAACCUGUACUACGCACGAAUCAUGUCAAUGAUCUUCUCAAUUUAUGCAGCUAUUCGAAUGACCGCUUCCAAUGUCUAUAUUCACGUUUAUCUCUACCUUCUCUCCAUCGAAACAUCCAUCUGGUACUACACAAAGGAAUUCCGACUGUUCAGCAGAUAUCCUAGAACGGGAUUUACGGACUACGCGAGAGCUUACCAUACUACAGUACAUCGUUACUGUACUUCGGAUUUGCAUUUUCAGCAAUGA